UUCUUUGCAUUUCUUUCCCUAAAUUUCAGGGUUUUAUUCUUGUCCCUCUCUUUCUAGUCCGUUCUUUUGUUAGAUUGGGUUUGGAGCACUCUGAUUAUCCAUUUCAUUCUUCUUAAAGGAUCUGUAAUUUCCCUAUUUUCCCCCUUUUUUUUCCCCUUCUUUUUCUUUUUCUUUUUAUCCGUUUUCUUUCGCACUUGAGUUUUCUGGGUCUCAUCUCUCUGCACCUGAAUAAUCAAUUCAAUCCUCAUUUUUUUUUUUAUUUGGUUCACAAUUCACAUUUCUUUUUUCCGGUUUUCCAUAGUCUCAGAGAAGAGAUUUGAGUUUAAAGACAUCAAAGUCUGAAGGUUCCUGAAGAUGCAGAAAGGGUCUUUUAAAAGUUUUCCCUUUUGUUAUAAAUUUUGAAUCCAACCCUUGUUUCACCAAAUCUUGUUGCACCCAUUUUGUUUUUAACAAUUUUGCGGCCUCUCCUUACCUAAUCCCAAUCACCCAGGUCCUCAAAAUGGACCAUUUCACGGUUUCAGACUAAUGGGUCAUAAUCUUAUUUGACAAGGUCCUUCCUUUCCCAAUUCAAAAGGCAACAUAGUCUGAACAACUCAGCCAAGGCAAGCCAAACCCCCUUUGUGCCCAUCUUUCUUGAUCUGCUUCAAGAAAACAUGUAUGGAACCAAAAGCAAAAUAGACCUUGCCUUUGAAUACCAAUCUCAAGUGGCAGUUUUGAGGCCCAGCAUCCAUUCCAGGAGGGCAAAUCUGACUGUGAAAUUCCAAGACCUUUAUGGGUUCACAGUGGAAGGGAAUGUGGAUGAUGUGAAUGUGUUGAAUGAGGUAAGGGAGAAGGUGAGGCAACAGGGAAGGGUCUGGUGGGCAUUGGAGGCCAGCAAAGGGGCAAAUUGGUAUUUGCACACUACCAUAGGGCAAGGCAGUGCCCUUACAUCUUCCUUGAAAUUCUCAGCACUUACCAAUGCUAUCACCUUGAAGAAGCUAAUCAGGAAGGGGAUACCUCCAGUUCUUAGGCCUAAGAUUUGGUUUUCCUUGUCAGGGGCAGCCAAGAAAAAGUCCACCGUGCCUGACAGUUAUUAUGAUGAUUUGACCAAAGCAGUGGAGGGGAAGGUCACCCCUGCCACCCGCCAGAUAGAUCAUGACCUUCCCCGAACCUUCCCUGGUCAUCCGUGGCUGGACACUCCUGAGGGGCACGCUGCUCUCAGGCGAGUUCUUGUUGCUUAUUCCUUCCGUGAUUCUGAUGUUGGGUAUUGUCAGGGGUUAAAUUACGUUGCAGCAUUGUUGUUGCUUGUCAUGAAGACAGAAGAAGAUGCAUUUUGGAUGCUUGCUGUCUUGUUGGAAAAUGUCUUGGUUAAUGACUGUUACACAAACAACUUGUCAGGAUGCCAUGUGGAACAAAGAGUGUUUAAAGAUUUACUUGCUAAAAAGUGUCCAAGGAUUGCGAGUCAUUUGGAAUCUUUGGAAUUUGAUGUUUCCCUUGUUACGACUGAGUGGUUCCUUUGCCUCUUUUCAAAGAGCCUGCCUUCCGAGACAACUCUUCGCGUGUGGGAUGUUAUCUUCUAUGAGGGUGCUAAAGUUAUAUUUAACGUAGCCUUGGCAAUCUUUAAGAUGAAGGAAGAUGAAUUAAUUCUAACCCAUCAUGUUGGCGAAGUAAUCAAUGUUCUGCAGAUGACCACUCAUCACCUAUUUGAUCCAGAUGAUCUAUUGACAGUGGCAUUUGAUAAGAUAGGUUCCAUGACAACCAAUACGAUAUCAAAGCAAAGGAAGAAACAGGAACCUGAAGUAAUGAAGGAGCUUGAUCAGAGGAUCAGACGGCUAAAUUCCCUUAAAGUGGAUGAUAAAUAGCAUUUACUUUUUUGUCUUUGGUUUUUUUGGUUGCUCUCUCUAAUUUAAUCUCAAAUGUGGUCCUAGUACGCACGCUCUGCUGCUUCGAGCAGAAUGCAGAAUUUAUGCAUUCCCUUGAAUUCUUCUCUCCCUCUGGGCAUGACACAAGCCCUGUUCAUUUUCAGGAUGUUUGUAGGUCAUAAGUGUAAAUUUGGAUAUGGACACAACAUAAACUAUUAAUUAAUGUUAUACUAGUAAUGUGUAUCAACAUUAAAUUUCACCA